AUGAAGGGGCCUGAAGAAAAAGAGCAUGGAGCAGGUUGUAGUGCAGAAUGGCUUGUCGACCAGUCUAGAGAUUCGGUAUCAAAAGGGGACUUGUAUGGUGCAAAAUCGUGGCUUUUGACGGCAAAAUCUUUAUAUCCGAAAGCAUUUGCUGUUCAGUAUGAAGCCUUUCUUAUGGAAAAAAGGAGCGGAAAGCUGAACCAUUGUGGAAGGCUCUUCUUUGAAAUGAUCAAAACUUUCCCAAAGGAAGAAAUACUAUGGAGAGAGUUAAAGAAAUUAGUUCAGUCGCAAGACUUAAAUGUCAACGAACUUGAUGUGGAAACCAAAUUUUUGCGUGACAUGUCAGAAAGCUUGCCAAUGAAAUAUCAAAGAGAGCUGUUAUUGCGAUACGCAGAUAAUCAAAAAGAUUUAAUAGAAAAAUGCCGAAUUUCUUUGGUAGUUAUGAAAAAGUUCCAUGGUGGCACAAAACAGUAUGGUAUGAAAUUAGCAGAGCUGCUUACACAGACAGAAAAAGAGGAUCUGUCGUCCACCCCACUGAAUAUUUACAGGAAAAUGCUUGUAUGUGAUGUACUCCCAGUUAUUCUGAAAAGCCCUGAAGUUCAGGUUGAUUCUCCUGGCACAAAACAUAAGGGGAAUGUAGUUUAUCUCGAGGAAAAGACUCUGUUCCACUGGCUUGAGCUAAGCUUUGAGUUUUUCAUAGCUCUUAAUAUACACCAAAGUACACUAAAGUACCACAAUCGUGGACCUGCCUCGGAUGGAGAGUCUACAUUUGACCCAGAUGGGGAUAUCGGACAGAACCCGUGGCAGUCUUUACACGAAAUACUUCUUCUCUUUGCUGCAAAGUGCGGAUGGACAAAUGUUUUAAAAAUCAAGGAUAAACUAGAUCCUUCAAAAAGCAGGAGCAUACGAAGCAAGUGGAAGGCUUUGAAUAGCAUAAAAGAUGCCAAGUCACCAUGGGGAUUAUUCUACAGUGUACUAGAGGUUUACCUGCAUACAAUGAUUGACUAUUGUUCAAAGAUGAUCAGCCCUAGGAAAGGGCAGCGUGAUUCGAAUGUUGCUGAAUAUAUAUUAUUGGAAAACCUCGAGCAUAUAGGACAAACCAUGAACAGUCAGUCAACAUCAUCAAAACCACCCAAAAAGAAGAAAAAAAUUGAAGAUGGCUCGGCUACCGGCUCAUCAUUGGAGUUUCAAGUCUCCAUAGAAGAUGUUAACAUACAGUUUAGCUCCAUGCAUCCAGGACAGAAUAUCGAUUUAUCAGAUACACUACAAGUUGCAAUUGAUUGCAGGAAUUUUCUAAAGUCAAGCAGUGUGUUCGAAAAAGAGUUCACAAGGCUGGAACAAGAAUGGUCCAUGCAAGAGAAAAGCUGGUUUGAAAUUUUCCAAAUCGAUUCUUUGGUUUUCCAGAAAAAAUAUCGAGAUAUUAUCGAAUUUAUAAACUCGAGAAAGCAGCAUCAUUCGUCGAAGGAUCUAUCCUGUAAAUCAGCAAGACAGUAUACACAGCUUGCGAUGUGUUUCUUCUGCAUUGGAGAGUACAAGGAGGCUUCUCAGAUGGCCAUCAACGCAAUAUUCACAAUUUCCAAAGAAGGUGAUUACGAGUAUAGUUCAAAUGAAAAUCAUAGUGGCGUUUCAAAAGGAAGCAGUGAUGGCCGCUGUCUUCGUGUUGUCCUUUCCAGCGUGCAUGACGUCACAGGAUACUGCGUUGAUUUGCUGGUGCUCUGCGUUAAGGAUAAGCUUCCCGAUGUAGACAUUCGCCCCGAUAAGGAUAAAAUUGGCCCUUUAUACGAAACAAGACAAGACAGUACCAUCGGCCAUUUGAUCGUUCUGUUGCAGUAUAACUGGCCUAAAGGAGAGAUCUUGUUCGAGCAACUGGCUAAGACUAUAACAACACUCGGUGGCUUGAAGUACAAGCAGUUUUUUAAAUACAUAACCAAUAUAGACAUUCUCGAAGAAUUCGCCUACUUGAAUACUCUUGAAAAAGUUCAGUUGGAACUUCAGGAAACAAAUCUUGGUGAUGCGAGCCGAAAAACAGUCACUAGAGGUGUUAAUAGAGAAAACAAAGAAGACUUUCGAUCUGCAAUCGAUUCCCAAAUUUCAAGCGACGACCAGCCAUUACAGAGCAUUAUAUUGCAGUUUUUAAGAAACGAACAGCAAAGUUUGAUCAACUUUGGGUAAAGAAUAUCAACUGCUCUUGCUGUAACAUUCCUUCUCAAAAAACUGGUCGUGAUAGGAGGAUACUCAAUAUAUUUUUCGAGGAAGGAAGAAUCGUCAAAUUCGGACGAGCACAGCCUUUUUCAUAUAUAUUUAGACGGCAUUUAUGCCUCCCAGUGAAACAAUUUUGCCGCUAUAUUAUAUCUUCAUAAAUUCCCAUUGGCACACAUUGCUUGAUAAUCAUAAUGAUUUGACUUGACGUUUCAACUCACACCGCCCACUCCACUUAACUUAAAUUCGUUGAGCUAAUGGCCGUAAUGGUUUAGCUUUUUUCAGAAAAAAUUUGUUUUGAUAUUGAAAAGACAGCAGGACCUUAAAGGCUCUUGCGCAACCGGCAUGCUUAGCGGCAGUUGUCUUGAGAAUUUGAUGUGUUUGUAUUUUCAUGCAGUACGAUAUUAGGCCGGUUUUGAAAAAAAAGUCACAAAGCAUGCCUGUUGCGCAAGAGCUUGUAGAAGAUUAUUUUGAAUCACGCCAAGAGGGUAGGUAAGCUUUUAAAUGAGGUUUGCGCACUUACACCCUCCCCCCCCCCCUCCCUCGAAAAAAAAAGCUUAAAAGGAAAUUUCAGGUAAAAAUCCGUUAUGUGGUAGAAACGCAUCAGGUAGUUUAGUGACCUUCACGUCUUACAAUCAGUAAGGAAUUAGGCAAUGUUAGUUGCUCCACUGGAUACAUAUGAUAUUCCCCCCUCCCCCCGAUGUAAACAAAACUAAGCAAUAAUGAUUUCAAGAUUUGUUGUUAGUACGAAGUCUGAAAACAAGAUUCUUAUUUGGUUAAAAUUUUGCCUUGUGUCCAAUUUCCUUACAGUUUUUCGGAGGAAGCGUCAACUGCAAUUCACGAUAUCCAGAUCUCUUUUAAUUGCUUAAAGAGAUUUCCAAGGUGGAUUGACAACUAUAACUGCUGGUUACCUGGCUUUGAAAGUAACGCAAAGUCAUUGCUUGAAAAAGUCAAAUAACAUUUCACGCGAAAUCAUUAUUAAAAUCCCAACACGUUAUACCGACCAUCUGUGCUGAGAGAUUUUGGCCAAAUCAAAAGUAAAUCCAUUCAGUUAUGUUGCAUAAGCUAACAUAUAGAACAGCAAUCCAAAAAAAUCGAGUAAGAUCAUAGAAUUGCAUUUAACCUGUGGAAAUAAAUUUUAAAGUGAGAUUGUAUAAAUAAAAAAUAUUUGAAAAGAGUGCGUUUUCCAACGAACUGGAAGCGUUAAAAUCCGAAAAUUUGCUUUUCCUUUGGUGGCAACCAUGGUGCCGCCUCAGGUAGUAACUAAAUUCCAUGUUUGCUCCAAUGUACUGAUCUAUAGGGUUAGAAGGUCUGUUGUUAUCGUGUAAGUUUGUGUUGCGAAUUACAUGCCACACAAGCUUAUGGGAAAACCUUGCGUUUAAUUUAGAACGUUUAACGUGCAUGCAUUUUUUGACAGCUGAGAGCAUACGAAAACAAAGUAAAUACGUACAUCAAAAAAUUAUGAUUUUUCAUAAAAUCGUGGGGAACCUUUAUUCGCUUCA